AUGCAAGAAAUAGAGCAAGCAACUGGAGACAAUAAGAGUCGUCAAAUUGAAUAUCUGGAAACACCCGUCAAAUCGGAGAAUGACAAGAAGGAAUACAAAGCCAUUAGAUUACCAAAUGGUUUAGAAGCUUUGCUAAUAUCCGAUAAAGAUUCAAAGACACACUCUUCUCAAGAUAAAAAGGCAGUGUGUAGCUUAUACGUGGACGUAGGAUAUUUCAGCGAUGCGCCAGAAUUUCCGGGCACAUCAUUUACUUUAGGGCAUAUGCUUUUUCAAGAACCCGAGGAAUUUUCGGAGCAAUUAGAUACUACUUUGGAAGAUUUUAUUAUUAACUGCAAUGGCAAUAUUAAUAUCGAAGGGGGCUACGAAUAUACACUACUUUCCUUUGAUAUUGAACAAGAAAACUUUUUUGAAGCUCUCUACAAUUUUAGCCGCUUUUUUGUUAAUCAUAUAAUGUCGAAACAUGUAUUUAUAGAGAAACAAGAUUUCAUAAAAAACGAGUUUCAGGUAUUAUUUGGCAAAUCAAAAUACGACCAACUAUUUUCCUCCUUCGCUCGAACUGGUCAUCCAAUCAACAAGUUUUCUGAGGAUCACUUAAUAGAAUUACGUAAUAAUAUAGAUUAUGACAAAUUGUACGAUGUGCUGAUCAAAUUUAAAGAGCGCCACUAUAGCUCUCACAGAAUGAAGCUAGCAAUACGGUCGGGAUUUCGGUUGGACAGAAUGGAAAAAAUGGUCAAGGCGUGCUUCGAUGGUAUACCAAAUAACAGAAUGCCUCCAGAUAAUUUUUCCCAAUUUAAAAACGAUCUUCCUUUUGAUACUUCCGCUUUCCGAAAAAUGUAUGUGAUUAAUGAUGAUACGGAACAUUUUGCACGACUAGUAAUAACGUGGGCCUUGCCUUCGUUCUCCGAUUUUUAUACAUGUAAUUCAUAUCAAUAUAUCCCGUGGAUUAUUGGAUAUAAAGGAAAAGGUUCCUUAAUUAGUUAUCUACGACAAAAAAUGUGGAGUCCCACACCAGACGAUAAUGUAAUCAAACUAUUUGAAAAUAAUAAUAUGUUUUAUUGUGAGAGUCAACAAAACUCUUUGUACAGCUUAAUAAAGCUCAGCAUAUCGCUCACUUCUGAAGGACAAAAACAUUUGAAAGAUGUUCUAGAUGCAAUAUUUUCUUUUAUCAAUUUACUAAAGAGAGCUGGUCCGCAGAAAAAAAUGUACAAUGACAUUUAUGAGAGUGAUCGAAAUAUUUUUAGAUUUAUUAAUUACGACAAAGAACCAAUCUCUUUUGUAAAACAAUUGUGUAAGAAUAUGCAUUCCUAUUCGCCGAAGGCUUAUUUAACAGGAAACAAACUAAAUUCAAAUUAUAAUGCAGAAGUUAUACAAAAAUGUUUGAAUUAUUUGGCGCCUGAGAAGCCGAAGCUAAAUUCAAAUUAUAAUCCGAAUAUUAUGAUUUUCUCGAGUUCGAAUGAUUUCAAAUUAAAGAAAGUUGAACCGUGGUGGCAAAUGGCAUAUACGGAUAUUGAGUUACAGAAAGAUUGGAUCGAAAGUUGGGAAGUCAUUGAGCCAUUACCAGAAUUUUAUUUACCGUUAUCGAAUAUAUUCCUUACCAACAACCUUGAUCUAAUAAAGACACCGAAAGAACAACCUGAGAAACAUCAUAUAAAAUUAUAUUGUAAUUCUGUUUCGGAGAUUUGGUAUCGCCACGAUCCUAAGUUUUGUUUGCCGGAAUGUUGUAUACAUUUCUAUUUUAUUUCCCAUCUAAAACUUCAGUCGUUGAAGAAUGGAGUUCUCAUGCGCAUGUACUGCAGACUAUUGAAACAGCUAUUAACCGAAGAAUUAUAUCCGGCUUUACUGGCUGGAUUUAAAUAUAAUAUCAGAGUCCUUUUGAAUGGUUUUACAGUAAAAAUGAGCGGUCCUAGUGCAACUCUGCCGGAUAUCACUUUAAAAGACUUUCAAGACUUUGUGAAAUCCUUUACCGAAUCUCUAUACAUUAAAUGUCUCGUGCAAGGAAAUAUGACGCCGCGUGUUGCAAUCGAGACCGUACAACAAUUUACUAAAACAAUUAAUUGUAGCCCUUUAGAUCCAAAUACAAUACGACAGCUUAGAGGCACUCAGAUACCUUUGGGCAUAAGCUAUUACAAGAUUAAAAAUAUCAACAAAUUAGAUACAACUUCUAUUAUAAGAAAUUAUUAUCAAGCCGGCGUCAUCACGAUUGAAUUAUCGACAUUAAUCAGUCUGAUAGGCAUUAUAAUGGACCACAAGUUACAUGAGGGUCUACCCGUAAAUAAAUUUACUAAUGCCACAGUCAACGUUGGAGCCUAUAACGGAAUUGUAGGAUUUUCCAUUACUGUUUGCACUCAAGCACAUAAAUACACAACCGAGUACGUUGAUAAGAAAAUCGAUGAAUUUUUGAGAAAGUUUAAAGACGAUUUGGAAAAGCUCACAGAAGAGGAACUGGAUGUUUAUAAAGAAAUGUUCCUAAAAUCUAGAUCAUAUGACGAUGCCAAUAUUGAAGACGAAAGAAACUGGAAUGACAUCCUGAACGAUACUUACAUAUUUAAUUUAUAUGAACAGGAAAUACUUAUUCUAAAGGAAAUAAAUGUUAAAAAGCUGUGGGAAUGGAUUGCAGACCACACAUCGAACGGAACUAAUUUUAGAAAAUUAAGUUUACAUGUUGUGGGAACUAUUCCCAAAAGAGCGAAAUAUGUUGGUUUGGAAUACAUAUACGACUAUCAUCAGCAGUACGAGCCAAACAAAAAUCAUUAUAUUACUAAAGUAAAAGAUUAUAAAAAAAAACUCUCCAUGUUUCCAACUAACCCUCUAAAACUUCAUGGAGUUCUCAUGCGCUUGUACUGCAGUCUAUUGAAACAGCUAUUAACCGAAGAAUUAUAUCCAGCUCUACUGGCUGGAUUUAAAUAUAAUAUCAGAGUCCUUUUGAAUGGUUUUACAGUAAAAAUGAGCGGUCCUAGUGCAACUCUGCCACUUUUAGCGAUUAGUUUUGCACAAGUCAUGGAGCGAUAUUCAAGCUAUGUUAUUACAAAGGACAUAUAUGAAAGUCUCAAAAUUCAACAAAUGCAGACAUGGUACCACAGCGUUAGCAAACCUGAGAUUUCCAUCGGCGACAUGACGUUAUCGAAACUGAAACUCGUCCAUCAUUCACACAUUGAUAUGCAUACUACUGUACAGGGUAUCACUUUAAAAGACUUUCAAGACUUUGUGAAAUCCUUUACCGAAUCUCUAUACAUUAAAUGUUUCGUGCAAGGAAAUAUGACGCCGCGUGAUGCGAUCGAGACCGUCCAAAAAUUUACUAAAGCAAUUAAUUGUAACCCUUUAACGCCAAAUACAAUACGACAGCUUAGAGGUACUCAGAUACCUUUGGGCAUAAGCUGUUAUAAGAUUAAAAAUAUCAACAAAUUAGAUACAACUUCCGUAAUAAGAAAUUAUUAUCAAGCUGGCGUCAUCACGAUUGAAUUAUCGACAUUAAUCAGUCUGAUAGGCAUUAUAAUGGACCACAAUUUAUAUGAGGGUCUACCCGUAAAUAAAUUUACUAAUGCCACAGUCGAUGUUGGAGCCUAUGACGGAAUGGUAGGAUUUUCCAUUACUGUUUGCACUCAAGCACAUAAAUACACACCCGAGUACGUUGAUAAGAAGAUCGAUGAAUUUUUGAGAAAGUUUAAAGACGAUUUGGAAAAGUUCACAGAAGAGGAAUUGAAUGUUUACAAAAAUAUGUUCCUGAAAUCUAGAUUAUAUGACAAUGCCAAUAUUGAAGACGAAAGUAACUGGAAUGAGAUCCUGAACAAUACUUACAUAUUUAAUAUAUAUGAACAGGAAAUACGUAUUCUAGAGGAUAUAAGUGUUAAAAAGCUGUGGGAAUGGUUUGCAGACCACACAUCGAACGGAACUAAUUUUAGAAAAUUAAGUUUACAUGUUGUUGGAAAUAUUCCCAAAAGAGUGAAAUACGCAGGUUUGGAGUACAUAUACGACGAUCAUCAGUAGAACGCGGCAAACAAAAAUCAUUAUAUUACUAAAGUAAAAGAUUAUUAAAAAAAAUUCUUCAUAUUUCCAACUAAACGUUCCAAAAAAUCCUCUCAGAGCACAGAAUAA